AUGGAAAUCUCAGCCACACCGCCGGCCGGUGGCAAGGUCAAAGAGGGUGCCGCCGAAACCAGACUAUUGAUGGUGCCGCACGACGCUAGUGCAGCGUUGAACGCCGAGCUACGACCGGCUGCCGUGCGCGGUUGGCACUCGGCGGCGGUCUCGGACGAGCGGGCCGACCAUCGCUUUGAGGCCAUUGGCUCUCCCGCACAAUCAAACCUCGCGCUCUCGUCCAUCAUUUCGCUCGGUCGGUCAGCUGCGCUUUGCAUCGAAGCCGCAUCGCAUCGCUUCGCAUAG